GGCCUAUAAAACGCACUGGCACCUCCUGAGUAAGGAGGAGGGCGUAUGCCUGAGGACUCGGUUCCAAUUUAUUAACUUUCUAUUUCCAAGAAAAAACAAUCACGGCAACAAGCCAGCUACCAUGAAGGCCGCACUCCUUUUCCUCGCCACCAUCGCCGGCGUAAACUCGGCAGCCUUGGCCCCUCGCCAGCAGCAAUCUCUCUGCGAGCUGUACGCCUACUGGUCCGGCAACGGCUACGAGCUGCUCAACAACCUCUGGGGACAAGACACGGCGACCUCGGGGUCUCAGUGCACAUACUUGGACGGCGCGUCCAGCGAGGGCGUGCAGUGGCACACGACCUGGACAUGGGAGGGGGGAGAGAACAACGUGAAGAGCUACCCCUAUGCCGGUCGGCAGGUGCCCAAGGGCAGGAAGAUUGCCGACAUCACCAGCAUGCCGACUUCGAUCAAGUGGGACUACGACAACGAGGACAUCCGCGCUAAUGUCGCCUACGAUGUCUUCACUGCCGAGGACCCCGACCAUGUGAACAGCAGUGGCGAUUAUGAGCUUAUGGUCUGGCUGGCAAGAUAUGGCAAUGUCUACCCCAUCGGGUCCUCUGUUGGCUCAGUCACCAUUGCUGGCAAGACCUGGGACCUGUGGACCGGAUUCAACGGUGACAUGAGGGUCUACAGCUUUGUGCCGCCGUCGGGGACCGUCAAGGAGUUCAGCGCCGACCUCAAGGAGUUCUACGCUCACCUGGAGCAGAACUACCAGUUCCCGUCCAGCACCCAGAAUGUGAUCGUCUAUCAAGUCGGCUCUGAGGCCUUUACCGGAGGCCCAGCAACCUUCACUGUUUCCCAGUUCUCUGCCGAAGCUAUCUAAGGGGCUAUCUCCGCGUCCUCGUUAAGAGCACAUCGAAAGACGAGGGUUUGCUAGGUACUCGGGCGAAUUCCCAUAUUAGCCUCGGGCCGGAUUGACACGAACUCUGCAUCUCUGCAUCCCGUCUCCUUUGCAUCACAGACCCCGCACCUGGGAGUGCCCGCGGGAGUGCGGGCACUCGUAUAA